CGUACGCACAGUCGAUUGCACGACGUUGAGGUGGUUUAGUGCCGCUUGUAACUUCGCGUUAGAAAGGCGAACAAUCAAUAGUUUACUUCGGGAGAUUGAACAACGAUUUACCUUCUUCCGAAUGAGAUACCCAGCAAAGCGCCGAAAACUUGAAACCCGCGUACGCCUUCCCCCGAAGUAAUCAAAACUCCAGAAUGCCGUUCACGGCAGAUGCCGCAGCCAGCCAGAUCCAGGAGCGUCUGAAGAACUUAUACCACCUGGUGCACGAGAUCGAGAGUCAACGAGUUCGCUCGGAGCACAACCUGAACAGCAUCGUAAAGACUUACGAGAAAGUAACUCCGGAAGACAAAGUAUCUCCCUACUAUCAACAGAAGUUAAAGAACCUGUACAACGCGGCGAUAGGCGACUCCCAGCAAGAAGAGGAGAUCCUACGCAAGGCAUUAGGAAAGAUCAACGAAAUUCGCGCGAUCAGAAACGAGCGACGCAUCCAGGCUCGUAAUGCAGGGAACAAAGAGACGAUUCGUCGAGGUGCCCUGAUGAAGAUGCUGCUAAGUACAGCGCAGACGUUGCCUCUGUACGUGGGCAAGACACCAGGGGCGAAACCGCCGCCCUUAUGUGGGGCAAUCUCCGCUGAGCCCACGUAUAUCGCGAAAAUGGGAGACAUGGUGGCAGCCCUGGUGAAGGGCUCCGAGGAGGAGGAGAACUGGAUCCUGGCUGAAGUGGUGCAGUUCAACUCGGCGACGAACAAGUACGAGGUAGAUGACAUCGACGAGGAGCAGAAGGACAGACAUACCCUGUCUCGAAGGAGGGUGGUGCCCCUGCCCUUGAUGAGGGCUAAUCCAGAGACUGAUCCGCACGCCCUCUUCCCCAAAGGCUCCAUCGUUAUGGCGCUGUAUCCUCAAACGACCUGCUUCUACAAGGCGGUGGUGAACCAACUGCCGACGACCGCCACCGAGGAGUACGAGGUGCUCUUCGAAGAUGCCACCUACGCGGACGGUUAUUCGCCGCCAUUGAACGUUGCUCAGCGUUACGUGAUCUCCAUCAAGGAGAGCAAGAAGAAUAAGAGCCAGUGUUAGCGAACUGGACUUGCAGUAUUAUACUCGCGUUUUGUACAUUACUGUUAAUAGUUACUUUGUUUACCACUCGAUGUCGACGAUAAUAAAGUUUAAGAGUUUCGACUGUUUCCUUCAGAA